AGAGCUGCCGCUCCGCAGAUCCAGCGGGGGACCUUCGGCUCCUGGGCUGAACUCCAGCGGAUCAGUCUCAGGCACAGCACGGAGCUCAGCCCGCCGCGGAGCCGGGGCUCCACUCACCUACAGCGGCACAGCCUCACUGCAGAGCCGCGGAGAGGAGGCAGCAGCCCGGCCGCAGCGCGGGAGCAGAGCCGGGGUAUGAGCCGCCGGAGCUCGGCUGCUGCAGUGGAGUGCGGGAUGGGGAGGGAGUGGUGGCUGCAUGUGGCUCUUCUCUGCAUUCCCCUGCUGGCCGUCUACCUGCACAUCCCUCAGCCUCAGCUCUCCCCCGCUCUCAACACCUGGCGCACCUCCGGACGCGUCUUCAGCUUCAGAGGAAACAACAUCUUUUACAGAGAUACAUUUGGUGCUGUGGGGAGCUCAGAUGUGGUUGUGCUCCUUCAUGGUUUUCCAACGUCAAGCUAUGACUGGCACAAGAUUUGGGAGCCUCUGAAUCAGAGGUUUAACAGAGUUAUUGCACUUGACUUCCUUGGCUUUGGCUUCUCAGAUAAACCUAGACCGCAUCGGUACUCCAUCUUUGAGCAGGCCAGCGUAGUGGAGGCCCUCAUCUCUCACCUCGGCCUCACUGACCAGAAACUCAAUCUCCUCUCCCAUGAUUAUGGAGAUACUGUCGCACUAGAGCUUCUGUACAGGACUGACCACAGUCGAACUGGACACCUGGCCAUAAACAGCCUCUGCCUUUCAAAUGGAGGUAUAUUUCCUGAGACGCAUUAUCCAAGAUUUGUUCAGAAGAUUCUGAAGGACUCUGGCUUCAUUUCUCCAAUUCUCACUCGUCUUAUAAACUUCCAGUUCUUUUCUAGAGGGAUCGGAGAUGUGUUUGGUCCGUACACACAGCCGACUGAAGCUGAGUACUGGGACAUGUGGACGGGCGUCCGCUUUAAUGAUGGAAACUUGGUGAUGGACAGUAUACUGCAGUAUAUCAACCAAAGACUGAAGCAUAGAGAGAGAUGGGUGGGAGCACUUACUUCAACUUUAACCCCAUUGCACAUGAUCUACGGACCACUAGAUCCAGUUAACCCACACCCUCAGUUUAUUCAUCUCUACCAAAAACUGGUUCAAAGGUCGACUGUAUCAGUUCUGGAUGAACACGUCAGUCAUUACCCACAGCUGGAGGACCCUACAGGCUUCAUGAACGCCUACCUCAACUUCAUCAACUCAUUCUGAGCAGAAAUCAUCCACCAGAGACUUCGAUAACAGUAAAGAAACAGUGACAGUAUUAAUCUGAAUUUAAACAGUAUGAAUAAGGGAGGAAACAGACACUUGAUUUGACUUUUUCUUAAAAAAAAUAAAUAAAUACAGAAAUCUUCGAAUGUUUCUAUUGACAAUAGCAUACAGUAUUUUCUUUGUAUUUUAGCCCGAAGAUGACCACGUGCUUCUGACCAGGCAGUACCUGGACAUAUAAACCUUUCCAACACCUACAACCUUCAACUUUAUAGCCACAAAACGUCGCAGACUAACAUCCUAUCCAGACGGGAUUACGUUAGUUUCUCAGGGGGACGUCUGUAAAAAAAUAUUUCACACUUCUACUCAGUAGAAGAUAAAACUCCUGCAUCCGGACUGCAUUUGAAAAAAACAGGUCACAUGACAUUGCAUGGGAGUUCAGUAGCUCCUCCAUUUCCACUCGCUGUUUUGUUUUUAAUGUGGAUCUCCGUGGAAACGCACACCCAAAAUUAUUACGGUGCGCGGCAGUGGACAAAUUGCUAUUUUAUUUAUUGAACGCGAGGAGCCGAAACUCAGAGAUGUGGAUCCGGACGGGACUAAAAUUAUCGGAGGACCACGAAAAAGAGUUCAGCAAAAAACAGUAGAUAAUUCAGCCUAUAAUUUUCUCAGAGGACGUCUGAGAAAAACAUAGAUGAUCGUUCCGGAUGGGAAUAAAAUCACAGAGGAAAAUUACCCCAGAACCCCCUGAGAAACUAAUCCCGUCCAGAUAAGGCUUAAGAGCCCUAUUUUAGCGAUCUAUAGGUGAACCAUCAACCGUGCACCUUGCAGCUUGCAGAUUUAGGGCAUGUCAGUGUGUCUUUGCUAUUGUAACGACGGGAAAAGUACCACCUUGCACGUUUCAAAAAUGCAGAAAGAACAUGUACUAAUUAUUUUAAUUAAUCAUGGGUGUGGUUAAUUUUGGGAAAUUAUUGGGAAAUAAAUCAAUCAGUGUCACUUGCCUUUAAUUCCCUUUAACAGCCAGAUAUGCUCUGAAUUUGGCAGAUUGCUAUUUUAACAGCGCAGUGCUUCUGCGCUUCUCAGCAGAAGAAACUGAGAUGCACGUUCACGCUGUGAUGGUCCGCAAAGAGCUAAUUCACAGGAACAGCAAUGUUAUUUUAUUUUGCGUUGCCAAGAUAGCAAUGAAUGCCUGACUUUGACUUGUGUCUAGGUUGUAUUCAGUCAGUGGUGCACUUGUGUUUUCCGUUGGAAAGAUAGAGAUAGCAAUAAGGCAGAAAUGUACCUAAAAAAAAAACCUCCACCUAUUUCCAGACGCAAGGUGUAAAAAUAGACUUCUGGCAAGGUGUAAGAUAGCAAUGAGCAUCUUGACGCACCUUGAACAAUAAGGCACUUCUCACCAGCAAGAAAAAGUUUAAAAUGCUGAGAUACGCACAACUAAAAAUGGAUUAAGAAAGAGAAGUACUGGUGCCAAUAAAGAGGGUUUAAUUAUGAAGAGCUCAGUUUUUCAAUAGUGUUUUAUUCAUCAGUGUAAUUAUGACCUCACGUAUAAAGAGGUGGAGCCUAAUGAGAACGAGAUAACUGGUUGACCUGCUCAUACAAUGAAUAAAAUAACAGGAAAAUGUCUGUAUACUUUUCACACUGUAAGACAAAGCCAUACAAUUUGCUGUAUUUUCCCACUGUUUGAUGCCGUUCUGUCAGCUGUUUAUUAAAUACACUGAACAAAUAUAAUCAUAAAUCAUAUGCAAAAAAAAAGAUAAUUAUGCUGAACCAUAAUUCUGACCAAAAGAGACCAAAAAAAGAGAAUUCCUGCAGUAAUCAGAGCCUAUUAAUAAAAAAUGCUCUACAGCUCCGAGCUUCCUCUGAUAUCUGAUCUGAUGUUGAUUGUAUUAUUAUUAAAAAAAAAAAAACCUGGACUAGGUCCAUGACUGCUACCAUACA